ACGGAGAUAAAUCAAGUUGGCUAUGUUAAGAUUAUUUAGUAUAAAUAUUUUAUGGGAAAACAUCUAUGAUAAAUUAAUAUGGCACUUUCACAAGGCAUGCUUUGUAAUAAAUGGCUGGAUUAUCGAAAUAAAGUUUUACCCCAGAGUGAGGGUCACCAUGGUGGCCUAGUGACCGGUUAUCAUGGCAACCACUUGUACGUAGACAGCAUGGUUCUCGGAAGCCCAAGUGGUCCGAUGCUUCCGAUGGACUCUGAUAUACACAUGGCAGGUGGAGACAUGCAUUACGAUAUACACAUGGGGGCGGGGAUGGGUGACCGGGCGAUAUCGUCUAGUACGGGCGGACUGGGUGACGGGAAGAAGCGGAAAGGGGGUGGAGUCGUGGGGAAGAGUAUUGAGGAAGAGUUAUGUAGGAUUUGUGGCGAUCGUGCAUCAGGAUACCAUUAUAAUGCUCUAAGCUGUGAGGGAUGUAAAGGAUUCUUCCGUCGUAGUAUAACACGGUCAGCAGCGUAUCACUGUAAAUAUGGCGGAAAUUGCGAGAUGGACAUGUGGAUGCGACGAAAGUGCCAAGCUUGCCGACUACGACGUUGUCGAGAGGUCGGCAUGAAAGAGGAAUGUUUAUUGUCUGAAGAACAGUGCAAAGCACGUGAUGUUAGGAGGAAACAGAAAACGACUAAGUCGAAAAAAUCGGAAAGUAGUAGUGGUCCCGCGACACCUAACUCAAUGUGUGAUAAAUCGGAUAUUGACGAUUCUAAAGAUUCUAAAGAUUCUAAGGAUUCUUGUAUGAAAAAUAAAAUAACAAGUGCUAAACCACACUCUAUAAUUGACCCAGAACCCUUGGAAAGGGUGUGUGAAGAUACAAAAAAGUUAGUGGAAAAGCUUGUGUACCUCCAAGAUAAAUACGAGUUUGCGGACGAAAAAGUGAUAAAAUCAGUCAACGAUGUUAACAUUGAAUGCAUCAACAGCGAGGCGAUACAAGGGGAUGCAUUGUUGUCGCAGCUUGCCAAGAUGACCGUCAUCAUCACCCAUCUCAUUGUAGAGUUUGCGAAAAAUCUACCAGGGUUCUCACGAAUCAGCAAGGAGGAUCAAAUAACUUUGCUUAAGUCAGCGUGCAGUGAGGUAAUGGCAAUCCGUGCUGCGCGAUGUUACGACCUUGCAUCUAGGACAAUCGUUCUGGCCAAUGGAACACCAUGCUCCGUGGAAAACAUGAUGGCGGCAGGGGGCAGCGAGGCAUACUGGAAACUUGUGUUUCAGUUUUGUCAUGCCCUAGCAGAUAGUCAAACAGACAAUACGGAAUACGCCCUCUUCACAGCCAUCUGCAUUUUCUCAGAGCGCCAUGGCCUUGUAAAUAAAGACCAGGUCGAACAGAUACAGAAAAUAUACGUUGAUGCGUUACGAGAAUACGUGAAUCGUAAACGCAUGCAUGGGGGCACAUGCCUGGCCAAGCUCCUCAUCAGACUGAGUGACCUGCGCAGCAUCAGCAUGGAACAUUCGAAAAUGCUCACCAUGAUGCAUAUGGAUGAAAGUCUUAUGCCUCUUAUUGUUCAGGACAUUUAUAUACAGGGAUCCUGAUACUCAUGGUGAUUGACAUACUAGGGAUUUAUAUUUCAAAGUGUUAUUGGCUCGUAACGAUCCAGAACUCUAUGUAUAAUGGGAUUCCAUGAUGGGUUUCCACUAUCAAGUGAGGUACAGAAUGCGCAUUAUUUUAUAUAAUUAUACAGUGGAAACCUGUUGGCUCGAUAUCUCUUGGCUCGAUUUCCGACCGAUUUUGUUUUACUCUAUGUAAGCAUUCCCUCUUGGCUUGAUAUUCGUGAGGCUCGAGUUUUUUGGCUGGUUCCUGUAUCAUCGUGUUACUGGGUUAACUGUUAAGUAAAACUCGAAAGGAAAUUAUUGUUUUACAUAUUCAGUGCAAAAUUUGUGUCACAUUUGUAGCUUUCCUGAAGUGUUGACAGUUUCAUGAAAAGAAACAUUUUUAAUCAGGUUGCAACUUGUGUAAUAUCGCAUUAACUAUCUACCCAUGGAUAGGUUUCCUCGUCCCCGAUGGUUCAUGCCGGUACCCUGGAAACACCGUAACAGAUUAAAGUUUGUAAAAUCGUAUAAACUCUCUAUCUAUGGAUUGGUUUUCCUCGUCCCCAAUGGUUCAUGCAGGAAUCCUGGAAACAUCCAAACAGAUUGAAUUCCGAUAACAGUUAUUUCUGCUCAUGUUUUGAUGUUUGUAUGUUAUGGGAUAUUCCAUCAUAGUGUUUUUCAAACAUGACAGGUAAAUGAUGUGCUAUUUAAUUGUACAUCUCCAUUUGUUUCAUUGCUUAAAUGGCUGAAUGUAUUUUUGUUUUAUUUUAUUAUAUGUUUUUAAAAUGUCUCUUCAUUUACUGUAUCUCAGAAACUGAACUUUGUCGCCUCAGCAUUUCCUUAUGUAUUGUUUAGUUCAGAUAAUAAAAUGCAUAUUUUUAUAUGAAUAUAGCAUUAACUUUAAUGGACACACUGUGUGGACUUCAAGCAUGUUUGCAUCAACUGUAAAUUGCCUGAACAUUGCUUUUUCCUUGGCAUUCAAAGACCAGCAAUAUCAUUAAUAUUUAGGUUAUUUUUUUUACUGCAAAGCCCCAGUCCCACCGACCUCCUGGACUGUCCCAAAUCCUCUCAGACUGAAAUUUGGCCAAUCCAGGAUCAGUUCCUUGUUGUAUUUGGGACAGUCGGUAGCUGAUCAGGGAUGGUCCAUGGCUCUGCUGUGGUGGUACUGGGGUGAUAUGUGUGGCUUCGUGUUCAUUCAUUGUGAUGCCGUGUUGGGUAAUCAGGGUCGUCUGAUGUUAUGAGAUUGUCUACAGACCAUCAACUUAAUUACACCUAGGACCACCACGGACAACCCAGGAUCACGCUAUCUCUUGAUCAGAAAAUGUUCCGUGUAAAUCUGGGAUGGUCCAUGUUGAUUUCAGCUUUGGUGUGUCUGUAGCUUAAUAAAAAGGUUUAGAUUCAUAGUCAUAAUGCUUUCUUUUUUUUUUUGAAGAACAAGGCAACUUCUAUUAUUCAUCAAGACUUUUUUGAUGCUUGAGACUGCUUCACUGUCAAAUUGUUAAGGUUUUGCAAAAAGGUUAUGUAUUGAUUCAGAAUUCUUAUGCCAAAACAUUGGAUACAUAGAAACAUAUGUACAAUUUGUUGGUUUAAGGUAAUCCAUUGAUAUUAAUAUUCAACAAAUUGCUACUGAUAAAAUUUCAUUUUAAAGUUAUGAAAUGUUCAGUUUGAAUAUUUUAAAAGUUUUCACGAAGGCCUUCUGUUAUAUAGACACAGUUAUUUAAGAAACCAAUAAAUAAAAUUGCUAUAUAAUUAUGAUCAUACUAAAAAAUUAUUACCUCCCUUUAAUAUAUCAUAUCAUAAUAGUAGCUUCAUUAUGGUGUUAUUCAAAAAUGUGAUCCAACCAAAAUUGAUUAACAAAUAUAAAUGAAACAAAGAACUAUUCUUGAUGUUAAUAUUUAAAAUCCACCAACACAUCUUUGCGCUCUAAUAUUGUAUGGCUUUAAUCUCAAAGCUAUUUUGUCGGGAAAUGUCAUUGUAAAGUGCUGGAAUAUAUUAAGCACUAGAUGUCUAUAACAGGUUGUGUUUUAUAUAUGACUUAAAUGUUUUCCCUGAAGUUUUCCAUUGCAUUAUUAAAACUAGAUAUUGACAGGCUGUUUUCUAUAAUUUCUGCAAUAACACUUUUUACACAAGAUCAUGCUGUUAUGUCAACCAGUGUGUUCUUAUUGGUAUUACUAGAUCAUGAGGUUAUAUGUUCAAAAAUAGCACAUGAUCAUGUGGGUUUGUCAUCGACUUAAACACAUGUAACUCAAGAUCAUGUGGUUAUGUUACAGAAACAAAACAAGAUCAUGUAGUUAUGUUAAAAAUGAAAUACAAGAUCAUGCAGUAAUGUAAAAAAAACAAAACAGAACAAGAUCAUGAAGUUAUGUUAACAAAAAAAAACACAAUAUCAUGCCGUUAUGUAAAAAAAACAAAAACAAGAUCAUGUAGUUGUGUUAACAAAGAAACACAAGUUCAUGCCAUUAUGUUACAGAAAACAAAACAAGAUCAUGUAGCUAUGUUAACAAAGAAACACAAGAUCAUGCGGUAUUGUAAAGGAAACAAAACAAGAUCAUGCAGUUAUGUUAACAAAGAAACACAAGAUCAUGCAGUUAUGUAAAGGAAACAAAACAAGAUCAUGCAGUUAUGUUAACAAAGAAACACAAGAUCAUGCGGUUAUGUAAAGGAAACAAAACAAGAUCAUGCAGUUAUGUUAACAAAGAAACACAAGAUCAUGCAGUUAUGUAAAGGAAACAAAACAAGAUCAUGCAGUUAUGUUAACAAAGAAACACAAGAUCAUGCGGUUAUGUAAAGGAAACAAAACAAGAUCAUGCAGUUAUGUUAACAAAGAAACACAAGAUCAUGCGGUUAUGUAAAGGAAACAAAACAAGAUCAUGCAGUUAUGUUAACAAAGAAACACAAGAUCAUGCGGUUAUGUAAAGGAAACAAAACAAGAUCAUGCAGUUAUGUUAACAAAGAAACACAAGAUCAUGCAGUUAUGUAAAGGAAACAAAACAAGAUCAUGCAGUUAUGUUAACAAAGAAACACAAGAUCAUGCAGUCAUGUCAAAGAAAACAAAACAAGAUCAUGUAAUUAUGUUAACAAAGAAACACAAGAUCAUGCGGUUAUGUAAAGGAAACAAAACAAGAUCAUGCAGUUAUGUUAACAAAGAAACACAAGAUCAUGCGGUUAUGUAAAGCAAACAAAACAAGAUCAUGCAGUUAUGUUAACAAAGAAACACAAGAUCAUGCAGUUAUGUAAAGGAAACAAAACAAGAUCAUGCAGUUAUGUUAACAAAGAAACACAAGAUCAUGCAGUCAUGUCAAAGAAAACAAAACAAGAUCAUGUAAUUAUGUUAACAAAGAAACACAAGAUCAUGAUGUUAUGUAAAAGAAAACAAAACAAAAUCAUGUAGUUAUGUAAUUAAGGAAACACAAGAUUAUGAUGUUAUGUAAAAGAAAACAAAACAAGAUCAUGUAGUUAUGUUAACAAAGAAACACAAGAUCAUGCAAAUAUGAUGACUAAAGCCUGUUUGUAAUUGUAGUUUUUUAGAAAAAGAGAAUAAUUCAAUUGAUAAUUUUUAGAUUUAGUAUCAACCAUGAUGGCCUUGCUUUUGACGUCGGUGUGCAAAAACAUUAACCUUGGCCAAUUUGAUAAAAAAAACACUUUCUAAAUGUUAAUGAGACGCUGCACAAAUGUGUGUAACAAGGCCCAUUUAACUCUUAGGUUUCAAAAAUUAUACACUGUAUGUUGGUUCAUAUUUCUUCUUUUCUCAUGGGUUUUUGUAAACAGUCUGGAUAAAAUGUAUUGCAACUUUGAAACAGUCUGUCACCAAUACUGCUUAAAAAAAAAGCCAGCCAAAGGCUAUAUUUUAAUUUUUUAUGUAGUCUGUCUAGACAUCGUGCAUACAUUACGUAAAGACUGUUCAAUUUUGUAACAGCUUCUUUUCACAAUUCAGAAUGUUAUAAAGAAUUAUUUAACCAAUUUCGAGUUGUAACAGAUUUUUUUCACAAUUCAGAAUGUUAUAAAGAUUUAUUUAACCGAUUUUGAGUCGACAUCAUUCAGUAUAAAAUUAAGGUUUGAAAUAGAGGAUUAUUAUUAAAGUACAUGAAUAAUCGUUUAAUAUGGAUUGUAUUAAUAAUAUAACUGUUAUAAUAACUAUAAGAUAUAACUGUUAAUACAUGUUUUCAAAAAUUGAUUUAAGAAUCAAUUGUUAAUUUUGUUUCUCAAGAAAAAAAAGAAAAUUGGUUCAAAUUUUUUCAUGCUUUCCAGUGCUUUAUUGAAAUAUAAUGGCGGCUUAAAUCUCGAAAAACUCACCAUUUGAAACAGUGAGUUUUAGAAAAUAAUUUCACUUUUUAAACUCAGCUUAAACCUGAUUCAUUUUUAAAUUAUAAUAUAAAUACUUUUAUUUUAAAAACACUUAUACUUAUCUUUUAAUUUGACUAUGAAAAAAUUAGGAUAUUGACUUAAAAGUUAAGAAUUGACUUAAGAAACCAAUGAAAUUGCCUCAUUAAUAUAAUUCAUAAUUUAAAGAUUUUCAAAGCCCACUCACCCAUGGUACACAACGAAACAUCGGGGAUAAACAACCAUUAUUUUAUCAAGGUUCCAUGUUCAAAAUAAUAUAUUAUAUUCUUUCCUCAGUUAGUGAGUGUAAUUUUGCCAAAUAAUUUUACAAUCCUUCAGGCGAAAAAUAUGAUAAUAGAAAUCCCUUAUUAAAUCUAAGAUGCUUUCCAAAAUUUCCCCAAGACAGCUAGCUUAGGCCUAAAAAAAAAAUUGUUUGGUUAGGGUUACAUCCUUAAAAAAAAUAGGUAGGGUAGGUAGGCUUUUUAUUUUUUUUUAUUUAUUUUUUUUAUUAGGUUUUAUAUAAGAAAAUAAUUUUCAUCAUUGGAGAAUGGUGUUAAAGCUAUCUUCUGUAUAAGCAUUUAAGGUUUAAACUUAAUAUUAAAAAGCAAUUUAAAAAAAAACGAGAUUUUUUUUCAUUUUUUUCAUUUUUUUUUUCAUUUUUCAUUUUUUUUUUCAAAUUGACUAUAAAAACGGUAGGGUCGGCGCCUAUUCCGUAGGUAGGGUCGGGUAACCCGAACCAAAUGUAUUUUUUUUUUAGGCCUUACCUGGUAUACAUCGAAGUCUAAUCGAAACUAAUAACAUUUUCUACAAUAUUUAAUUGGACAUAAAUCUUAUUAUUUUACAAACAUGUGCUGAAUAAGUAACAUUUGUUUCAGUCUGUUUAAGUAUACUAAAAUAUAUUUUCAUUGAUUUUAAGGUUUUGUUGUUGUUAAUUCUUUACCUUUUAAUUAGUAAUAAAUUAACACAAGGACUUUUUCGUGCAGAAAAAAAUUUGAACAAGUUUUAAUUUGAAAGUGUUUGUAGUUCUUUAUUUAAUAUUGUUUAGUUUAAACAUGAAUAGAACAACGAAGCUAACACUGGAAGCAGAAUCUUGUACAAAGGGACAAGACACCAGAUGAUACAACUGCAAAAAAAGAAAGAAAAUUGUCAAUUAACCCAACAUAAAUUGGAUACCAUUGUGUACAACACAUUGCACCUUAUAUAAUUACAUUGCCUAUGACAUAUGUUUCUUCUGAAGUUUUUGCUUUUUUUCCAAUUCGAAAAUUUACUGGGUUUGUUAACCAUAUAAAUCCCACUUAAUUUAAUAUGUAUUUCUACUUAUAAUCAUGUGACUUUUACAUGCUAAAUAUACACACUAUUAACUGGGAAACCUUUAUUCACUAUUUUUAACAAGUCAACUCAGCUAAGACAGCGACAAAAUAUUAUUUAAGUCUUGUAAUAUUAUUUAUUAUUGGCCUCAUACAAGCUUGUAUUGACAAUUCUAGUCUUGUUUUAUGGAAAAAUUGUAUUUGCCAAUUUUGGGACCAUCUGGUGUCUAGUCCCUUUAAGAUCUAUUCAAGCUCAAUCAAGCAAGCGAGAAGCUUAUAUAUUUUAUGUUUAACUCAACUUUGUAGCAUUCCAAUGUGUAUCUACCUACCAUAUAUUUAGGAUUACCUCAUUUUUUUGCAAAUUUUGUUCCUGAUUUUUUUUUCAGAAGUUCUUUGAAACAGUUUGUGUUUGAUGAAUAUGAUCAUGAAGUUAUCCAUUUAAAACUGUACACUAUGAUUUAUAAUGGCUUUGGCAAAAAGUUAAACUGACUUAAAACAAAAAAAAUAUUUUGGCGGCGAGUUUUUUUGGUAUUGAAAUUAUACCGAAAAAAAUACUUAUCGCAGUCCACCUGUAUAUGUAGUGUAUGGUUUGAUUAGAGACAAUUUUAUUUUUUUAAAAGCUUUGAUAAUUAAAAUUUAAUACUUGCAGCAAGUGUUAAAUUUAGUUAAAUAAAUGUCCAUCUAUCCAUUAUGAGGAAUAGCUUAUCCCAGGUUUUGAAAAAUAUGUUGAUGUCUGAUAUUUUGAAGAACUGCAAUGUUAAGGUUAUGUUUCUUUUAUUUUAAUGGACUGUUGGUGCAUUUUGUACAUAGAAAAUGCUUGUUAUUAAUAUAUUUUCUUGGAAUAUUUGUCUAUAAAUUAUUGUGAUGUUACUUCUGUUGAAAUGUAAUGAUUAUCAUUAUUCGGGUAGCAUUUGCAGUAACAUGUUGUUAACGAUAUUUAUUAUUGCCCACAUCAUGAGAUGAUAUUACCCCAUCAUUAUGGGUGACAUUGGCAUGACAUUAACAUGUUGUUAACGAUAUUUAUUAUCACCGUGAUCAUGAGGUGAUAUAACCCCAUCAUUAUGGAUGACAUUUGCAGUUACAUGUUGUUAACGAUAUUUAUUAUCACCCAGAUCAUGAGAUGAUAUUACCCCAUCAUUACGUGGGUAACAUUGGCAGUUACAUGUUGUUAAAGAUAUUUGUUAUCACCCAGAUCAUGAAAUGAUAUUACCCCAUCAUUACUUGGAUAACAUUGGUAGUUACAUGUUGUUAACGAUAUUCAUUAUCAAAGUUGUUAACGAUAUUUAUUAUCAUCCAGAUCAUGAGAUGUUAUUGACAGUAAAAUGUUAAUCAUGAGAUCCCCAUGCCUCAUAUUGUUAUAUCUCAUUUGUAUUAUGAAUUUGUAUAUGUACCUGGUAAAUUGGUACAUGUACAUAUACCUGGUAAACUUAAAAACGUCAGUACCUGGUAAAAUUGUACAUGUUCAUGUAUAUUGUUAAACUGAACAUGUAUGUGUAUCUGGUAAAAUUGAACAUGUAUGUGCACCUGGUAUAAUUUUAUGUGUACCUGGUAAAAUUGUUUAUGUACAUGUACCUGGUAUUUAACAGAGAUUCAAUUCAAUAGUUAUUGAACAUUGUGGAUAUUCUGUGAAGUUUGGUUCGUCAUGUGUUCUCAUGAGAAUGUUAACAAUGCUGUAAAUGUUUCUGUGUUAAAUUUCAUUAGAUAGGAACAACUUGCUUGCCAUUAUCUGCUGUUAUGAGAUAAAAUGCUCUCAUUUCAUUUGUUGGUGUCAUUAGCAUCUUUCGACAUCGCACCGAUUGUUCAGAACUUUGUUAAUGUUGAAAACGUUGUUGGCGGCUACGUUGCUAACUUUAAUUAUAGUAUGUGCUCAUAGUUUUACAUAAAGCAAGUACACAGCUAAACAGUUGUCUCAAAUCCUGUAAGAAAUACUGCAGAUCACAAUUGAACCCAUUAAACUCGCAGUAACGAUUUGGAAGUUAACAACAAUGACGUUAACAACGUUGUUUACGUUAACAAAAUUCUGAACAAUUGGCCCAUUUGUUUUGAAUACAUAUACCAGGUGUAGUUAAUAGUAAAUACUCUUUUACACACACUCAUUCUUGGUUAUAUGAAUUAAUUAUGUAUUAUUAUACGUAUUAAACAAUUGCUCCUGACUCAGCACAAAUGGUUUACACUGUUGUUACAGUUGGACAGGGAUAUUAUUUUACUGUGAAAAAAUGACUAUUAUAAAAUUUUGUUGUUUAAUAUUAAACAAUGAUUAUUUAGGAUAUUUGUAUUUUUCUCUCACACUAAAUUGCUCAAAUAAAUCAAUGCUGGUACUAA